AUGAAUUUUCUUGCAGAAGUGCGAAGCGAAUUGGAAAGUCUCAGUCGAUGUUUGCAAGGCGAAGAACUGGUCAAAGCCCUGAUGGAGCGUGUUCUAGCUACCGAAGAAGAGAAAGCCACGCUGGCCUCGAAAGUGGAAGAAUUGUCCAAGACACAGAAGGAGAUUGGCACUCUGCGGAAGCAUAAUGAUAUUGUUAGCUGUUUUCUAACACAGUUUGUCAAAGCCCAGCGAAAAGCAAAUGAGGAACACGGGGAGAAGUUGCGUGAACUGGAGAAGAAUCGUAAAGACAUGAUCGAGCAGUUCAAGGAAUCCGUAGCUGGAAUUCAGAAAUCGAUGGAAUCGGGGCGUGAAACCUCGGAACGGUUGACAAAUGAUAAUGCUGUGCUGUCUGAGAAGCUAAAAAAUUUAGCAGGCGAAUAUGAGGCCAGGGUGGCUGAAUUAUCAAGACAAUUCGCCGAGAAAACGGAAUAUUGUGAGAAGCUUACCGCUGCUCGUGAUAUGGAAGUGGAAUUGUACAAAACAAAACUUCAGGCUGCUAUAUUAGAUGUCAAGAAAUGUACAGAGGAAAAGUUACAGCUACAAAAUGAGUUCCUUGCGCGAGAAAUGAAAGUGAAAGAAGCGCUGGAAGGUGAAAAAGCAAUGCGUGAACAGAUUGACAAAUAUACAAAGAAGUACAAUGAAUUGCAUUUGAGUUUGAACAGUUCAAACGAAACUUUUGACAAAUUCAAACGGGAAAUGGAACGAAUGAAUGCGAAUGUUAUUAGAGUGGAGAAAGAUGCACGAAAGUGGAAAAAUAAAUACGAAGAAAGCGCCCAAGCAUUAGCGGCGUCUACGCUGAAGUUCCUUGCGCGAGAAAUGAAAGUGAAAGAAGCGCUGGAAGGUGAAAAAGCAAUGCGUGAACAGAUUGACAAAUAUACAAAGAAGUACAAUGAAUUGCAUUUGAGUUUGAACAGUUCAAACGAAACUUUUGACAAAUUCAAACGGGAAAUGGAACGAAUGAAUGCGAAUGUUAUUAGAGUGGAGAAAGAUGCACGAAAGUGGAAAAAUAAAUACGAAGAAAGCGCCCAAGCAUUAGCGGCGUCCACGUUGAAGGUCAAAGAAUGCGCAGAUGCAUGCGCGCUGAAAGAUAGACAAUUGCAGCAACUCCAGAAUCUGUGUCGCACUUUGAAAUCUCAAAUUCCCAGCAGUCAGUAA